GGUCAUUCAACCUGUCUCUGUCGCGCAACAUGUCCAGCGUCAAGAUCAUCAUCACUCCUCCGACGCCUUUGGAGGCUGAAGAUCCUUUUCGUCGUCGGCCUCCAGUUACACCUCUACCCGAUGUACCUGAGAAGUUGCCACUGGAUUCUGACGAUGACGCAGAGAAAACAGACAAUGGGAGACCAGCGAUUGAUCCGACAGAGAAGGAAGUCUAUGUGACGCGGCCAGAUGUUGAAGAAUCUGAAAAGGAAGUCUACGAGCCCAGGACAACGAUAUUAUAUGCCGACGCGUCCGAGAAGGAAGUUUAUCACCCUACCCAAUCUCAAGAGAUUGUUGUAGACGAGAAAGAAGUCUACGAUCCUCAAGAAGCGGCUCAUCAGGCUUCCAUCGAUGCAUCCGAGAAGGAGGUGUAUCACUUUGAGACGGAAUCUCAUCGCGUCGAUACCGGGAAGGAGGUCUAUGAUGGGAGCGCGCAGAUGCAAAUGGUGAUACAUCCUGGAAAGGAUGCCUACAGCCCCGAGCCUACUCAAGCUCCAUCCAAAUCCUCUCAAACACAGCCAAAUUCCUCUUCACCACAAUCAAAAUACUAUUCACCACAGUCGGAAUACUCCCAAUCCCAACUCAGCUACUCUCAACCAAGUUCACCCGCAUACACUCAACCAACCGAAAGCUCGAGUAGCACACCCGAGCCAGAAGAACCUCAAACUCAACCUGGGCCCAAAGGCCGGUUCAAGAAACUUCACCAAACCGUCGUCAACAAGCACAAGAAAGCCUGGGAGACACUUGCUGAUCAAUCCAACGCCAUUAUCAAUGAACAAAAAGCUUGGAUCGAAAAGACACAGACCGACGUCACCAACAGUAUCGUCAUGGGAGCUACCACUCGGUAUGCACGGUUAGAAAAGGGCACUACUACCCGAUAUGCGCGUCUAGAAAAGGGGACAACGAACCGAUAUAACCGUGUGGAGCAAAACAUCAACGACCGAAUGGUUCGUGCUGGGCAAUGUGUCAACAAUUAUGCCAAGAUCAAGGAUAGUAUUCCUGGGUUGAAGCAAAAGCCACAGGUUUCUCCCGAAGCAGAGAAGCCUAAAUAAAUGGCAUACUCAUUUUUGCAGCCGAAUUGGCAGGGAGAGAUUUGCACGUGAGGAGGUAGGGAAGUGGGACAUUGUUGGAUAUGGGAUUGUAAAGUAGCAGGACGUCAAGCCGGAUUGGAUGAUAAUCAUGAUACACAGUGGGUUUCAAUAAGCAAUACUUUUUCUGUAUGAAUCAAAUCAAGGAAGGUAUUCACCAUU